AUGCCCGAACCCGAGUCAACAACACCGCAAGCGACGGCCAAUCCUGUGGCGGCCGCCACCCAGCAGCUGCACCCCACGCUUGCCGACCGUAUGAAGAAGUACGAAGCUUCUUUCGACUUCACACUUCCUCUUGCAGCAUCCACCAUCCUGCGACUCGACGGCCAUACAUUCUCGCGCUUCACGGCGAACUUCCACAAGCCAUUCGACCAGCGCAUCCAUAACGCGAUGAUAGCCACAUGCGUCGACCUCCUUAAAUACUUUAACCAAGCGACAGUAGCAUACACGCAGUCCGACGAGAUAACGCUGGUCUUUCCUUCAGGCGUGCAGACUUUCAAUGAGCGCGUGCAGAAGCUGAGCAGCCUCGCAGCGAGCUACUGCUCUGUGAGAUUCAACGCGCAUCUCGCUGCAUACCUGGCUGCGCAGCCCGAACCGAAGGUCAAGGACGCUGCUUACGGUGCGCUGGGAACUGCGCACUUCGACGCGCGGUUCUUCACUGUGCCGUCGGUGGAGGAGGCGCUGAACUGCUUGCUUUGGCGGUGCCGCGGGGAUGCGAUGAGGAAUUCGGUCAAUGCGUUUGCUAGGUCGCUCUAUGACGACCGGCAGCUGCAUAAGAAGACUGUUGUUGAGGUGCUAAAUAUGUUGCGCAACGAGAAGGGCGUCGAGUAUGAGGAUGCAGUGCCACGCUGGGCAAUUGAGGGAAGUCUGGUAAAGUGGGAGCAGUUUGAGCACGAAGGUGUCAACUUAAAGACGGGUGAGAAGGUGAUUGCGAUGCGGACAAGGACAAAAGUGAAGGACCGAGGUGUCAGAGAGUUUUCCGAGGGAAAUCUUAAGUUGGUGACGCAUAAGUUUUGGUAG